AUGCAGACUUUCAUCAGCUCGAAGCCCAAGUCAGUGCCCUUCAAGAAUCUCACGCACGUCCUCGCAACACCGGACGUCGAUACAGGCAGCAAUGCCGAUGCACUUGAUGGUGUUCAGCACUACGAAGACAAUGGUGGUCAGCACUACAAAGACAAUGGUGGUCAGAACUAUGAAGAUGAUGGUGUUGAGCACUAUGAAGACAACGGCAACAACAGUGAUGAGAACCUAAAUCAGGGAUAUGAAGAAAUGCUGAACCACAGAGACUUGGAGACGCCUCACGUUCGGAUGCUGAAGAAGGCGGUGGGAAUGACUCAGAUGCAACAGAUGACAGUACUAGUUGUUGAUUGCCCCAAACCCAUUCACAUGCCUUCCCGGCAUGGACCUCGUGCUAAGGACUACAAUGAGGAUGUACAGGACAUCCUUGAUGUUGCUAACUCAUUGUUCCGAUGCAGGAUCACCACCAUCAAUGCUUUCCCAUCCAACUCAGUUCAAGACAAUGAACCGGGCCAUGAUAAAGAUUCACAGCUCCGUGGCGAGCUCAAGAACAAGGUGAAGCCACUUGUCAAGUGUCUUUACGGCUUCGGUGAUGGCUCUGCAAAGAGAGAUAUGCGCAAGAAUCGAGAGAAAGCAAGUGCACUGACACAUGAGUCAGCUUUUGCAUACAAGGAUCCAGCCCUUAACCAGCCCGAAGGUACAUACACAGAGCGCAAGGGCAUAUACCGCCAUCCGAUCAUACAGAAGGCUAUCAAUGCAACAUGGUUCGCGAAUAGGGCUGAUGAAGGUGUCGUCUUUGAGCAAUACUUCGAGCCAGUGAUUUCUCUUCCGACAAUUGCACUCAUUCUUAUGGCGGUUCAUUGCUGCAUUGACAAGUGGGGAACUGGGAAGCAGACCCCAGUAAACUUCACCGAGAACGACUACAAGGCAGUGCACUUACCGGACCCACUGGAAGAAUCUUCAUGCUUUCGAUGA